AUGAGAGCCUUUGCAUCUCUGCGAUCAGCAUUCAACGCAGUCACAGAUACGGGCCGCGUCCCCAACGAGAUCCGCAUCUGCCUCGAACUCGUGCAAACCUGCCACCAAGAUCUUCAGGAUCUGAUAUCGCUGCGCAAUAAACACCUCGAACUCCUCGAAGCGGCUCCCGCCCAAAUUCUCACGCGACUGAAUACUGUAAUUGACCAAGCGAAUCGUGGUCUCGCGGCAGCGCGGGCCAUUGUGGAAAAGUGUCGCCCUCAAGCCCAUCACGGGAACAAGACGCCACUGCACAGCCAACUCGAAUGGGCUUGGGGCGCCUCAUCAGAAUUUCGAUGCCAGGAGCCGUUGCUGAGUCGACAUCAUGCCGCUGUACUGGCCGAGCUCAACUUUCUGCGACAGCUUACAACGUGGGCCGUGUUGGGAGACAGUACUGCGAGAAUGAGCCCCAUGGCCGCGCUACUGAGCAGUGACCAUGAAACAAGUACAAAAGUGUCGGCUAGGAUAUCUUCUGUGCCGCGGGCAUGGACUCCAAGUUCGAGCCAAGGGACGCCAACGAUGACGUACGCAAAUAUGAUUGAAUACCCUGAUUUCCCCGAGCCUGUAUUUCCCGACGCACUCGCAGAGACUGCUUCAAGCGCAGAUACAGCAUCGCUGGCAUCGGCGAGACGAUCACCGACAUGGGGCACCACUGGACGAGAGAGGGCCGCUUCGAGGAGUGCAGUCGUGAGCUCAAGUCACAAUCGUGACAUGUCAAUUUUGUUCGAAGAUUGA